AUGGACAUUUCUACUGAUACUGUCAAGGAACGCACGAGGCAUACCAGAGCUUAUAAGAUUCCGGAUAUUGAUGUUUCGGGGUUGAUUGGUUUGAGUUCUCGGUUGGAAGGGGAGGUUCUCCGUGACUUCAAUCAUGAUUAUGGCAAUUUGCUCUCCAUCCUCAAAACAUCUUUCGAUCCGAUGGCUUUGAUCACCCUGUUUCAGUUCUAUGAUCCGCAGUUGAGGUGUUUUACAUUUCAGGACUAUCAACUGGUGCCAACACUCGAGGAAUUUUCUUACAUACUCAACAUCCGAAUCACUGAUGAUGUAACUUUCAUUCGAGUUCCCGAGGUUGUGAGAUUUGAAAAAAUAGCUGAAGCUCUUCACAUGGGUAUAAAGGAGGUGGAAAGAAAUUGGAAGUCAUCGGGCGGUGUUUCUGGUUUCUAUCUUUGCUUUUUGAUCAGUAGGGCUGAGGAUGCGGCGAAGAAACAGCAGUGGGUUGAUUUUAGUCGUUUGCUUGCCAUCAUGAUUUAUGGUAUUGUCUUAUUCCCUUCAAGAGAGAACUUUGUGAGUUUGGCGGCGAUUUGUGUCUUUAUGAACAAAAACCCCGUGCCAACGUUGCUUGCAGACGCUUAUUUUUCGAUCCAUUCCAGAAGUAAGAAGGGAGGAUAUGUUGUUGGUUCUUGUCUUCCGUUGUUGUAUCAGUGGUUCAUGUUGCAUUUGCCGGUGAGAGGACCUUUUGUGCUCAAGAAGAGUUCUCUUAAGUGGUCAGAUAGGAUUGUUAACCUCACAUCUUAUGACAUCAGGUGGAACUAUUGUGUGGGGAAGAUUUGGAACAUCAUCACUAGUUGCGGUCAAUAUCCCAACGUUCCUCUCAUGGGAACCAGAGGUUGCAUUAGUUACAAUCCGACACUCGCCUAUCGCCAAUUGGGAUAUGCAAUGGAAAGGGCUCAGAAUGAUGUAGAAGCGUUUGAAUCAGUGUACUUUGCUGAUGGUAAAGAUUCUAUGGAGCUAGAGAAGAUAGCGUAUGCUUAG